AAAAUACAUAACAAAUUCGCUAGCAGUGAGCAUACAAACUGUCGGCUCUCCCUACUGAGCCGGCCCUCGGCAACUCCCGCCAAUAGGAUUAAAAUGAUUCAUCGUACCCCACACUUUUAACCAAACCCUUCACUCAACACCCAUCUCAUCGAAAAAUAAUGGUCAAAGCAGUCGUUCUCGGAGCCGCAGGUGGUAUCGGUCAACCCUUGGCCCUCCUUCUCAAGGCCAACCCAGCUGUCACCGCCUUGGGUCUCUAUGAUAUCGUGAAUACGCCUGGUGUUGCCGCCGACCUUUCCCAUAUCUCCACUCCAGCCAAGGUUGAGGGCUACCUGCCCCCAGAUGAUGGUCUUGCCAAGACUUUGAAGGGCGCGGACAUUGUCGUUAUCCCUGCUGGCGUACCGAGGAAGCCUGGGAUCAAUGCUGGCAUCGUCAGGGAUCUUGCGACUGGAAUCGCUAAGCACAGUCCCAAGGCAUUCGUGCUUGUCAUCUCCAAUCCCGUCAACUCUACCGUUCCUAUCGUCGCCGAGGUUUUCAAAAAACACGGAGUCUUUGACCCCAAGCGACUCUUCGGUGUAACAACUCUUGACGUUGUCCGUGCAUCUACAUUUGUUGGGGAGAUCACGAAAUCGGAUCCCACAGGCGUUGUCGUCCCCGUUGUCGGUGGACAUAGUGGUGUCACCAUUGUUCCCCUUCUCUCCCAGUCUUCUCAUCCUCUUCCUUCCUCUUUCUCUGCUACGGACUUGGACGCCCUGAUCAACAGGAUUCAGUUCGGAGGCGAUGAAGUGGUUAAGGCUAAGGAUGGCGCAGGAAGCGCGACUUUGAGUAUGGCGUAUGCCGGUGCUGAGUUCGCUAGCAAGGUCGUACGGGCCGUCAAGGGUGAGCAGGGAAUUGUCGCCCCCACCUUCGUCCACCUGGACGCCGCUGCCAAGAAGACUCUCGGCGUCGAGCUCGAUUUCUUCUCCGCUAAGGUUGAAUUGGGAUCCAGAGGUGUCAAGACCAUUUUGCCAUUGGGUGAGCUGACGGACAAGGAGAAGGGUCUGAUUGCUGCUGCUGUUCCGGAAUUAAAGACUAGCAUUGAGAAGGGCGAGAGAUUCAUCACGGAGUCUACUCAGAAGCUUUAGAUGAGAUGGAUUAGAAUAAGGAAGAAGAAAGUUUGAAAUUGUACUAAGCUGCUAAAGUGUUUUCUUGUAGAUGACAUCCUGGAUGUAUACGUAUAUUAUUCUGUUUUCUUACUCUUUUACGUCUGUAGUGAAGACGGCGAAGUGGUCGCGAUAGUUUGAUUGCCGUUGGAUGUCCACUUCGCUGUGCGGAUUGUCGUCGAUAUGCUCUGGAUUCACCUCGGCACGCGAAGAAAGUGCGCUGCUAAGAUGAAAGCACACAUGGUCGAAAGAUACUCCGUACUCGGGAUUUCUUUGCUGGGUGGAUUUCUUCCCAGUCGCAGAUGCAGCUCGGAAUAUGGGUGGAGCUCCUGGGUUUGCUAAGAUUUGUGAGGUCGGUGAUUGAUCAGACGGACUUGGUCCUCCGAGGACAAGAAUCUCCCGUUCCUGCUUUGAAUCCGUGCUGCACGGACCUCAGCUGGCACGGGAAACAGAGGAAGGAUAAU